GGUUUUUCAGUUGGCACUUUAUAAACUGCUCAACUUGAAUGCAUCUGUUUCCUUCACAAACGGUAGACUUACGAACGAUCUUACAGAUAUCGGCAUCAUCAACACUCGUAAAAUCACCGCCGUCUACUGUCUCCUGCCGCCGCCGCCACCUCCACCUCCACCUCCACCACCAUCACCAUCAUCAGCCAAGCUUGGAGUACAACGAGAACCCAAUCAAUGGCGGAGGCAAAAACAGGGGAAGAAGAGAAGCAACAGAUUAAUAAGACGCCGCCGCCGUUUGAUCUCAAUGAUUUCACCAUCAUUAAAGAAGGAGAAGCUGAGAUUCUAAUGCACGCAAAAAACGAAGUUUUCUACAAUAAGACGCAGGUUAAUAAUAGAGAUAUGUCAAUUGCUGUUCUGAGGGCAUUCAUUUCCAAACAAAAAGAAGAACACGAAGCACUACUGUCUAAAAGAAUGAAAAAAGCAUCAAAAGUAACAGAGAACCAUGCUUCUGAAGUGGAAGCAUCCGUCAAGCUUACUAAUGGAAGCUCCAAUGGUGAAUGUGAACCUUUAGACGAGAUACCCCAAGGUGAACCAUGUAGUACUGGCGAUGAACCAGAGAAAACUUUUGAGGGAAAAGGCCAAGGAGAACUGAAACCACCAAGAGUUCUUGAGGCUUUGUCAGCUUCGGGUUUAAGAGCUCUGAGAUAUGCACGAGAAGUAGAAGGGAUCGGACAAGUUGUGGCACUGGAUAAUGAUAAAGCAUCUGUUGAAGCUUGUAGGAGAAAUAUUAAAUUUAAUGGUUCAGUUGUGAGUGCAAAGGUGGAAUCAAAUCUUGCUGAUGCUCGAGUCUAUAUGCUUACUCAUCCUAAGGAAUUUGAUGUGGUGGAUCUUGAUCCAUAUGGUUCACCCUCUGUGUUCCUGGACUCUGCAGUUCAAUCGAUUGCCGAUGGUGGGUUGCUAAUGUGUACAGCAACGGAUAUGGCAGUGCUAUGUGGAGGCAAUGGUGAAGUCUGCUAUUCAAAAUAUGGUUCUUAUCCACUAAGAGGAAAAUACUGUCACGAAAUGGCUUUGCGGAUCCUCCUUGCAUGCAUUGAGAGUCAUGCAAAUCGGUACAAGCGAUACAUUGUCCCAGUGUUGUCUGUUCAGAUGGACUUUUAUGUUCGUGUAUUUGUUCGCGUAUAUACUUCAGCAAGUGCAAUGAAGAAUACUCCUCUUAAGCUCUCAUACGUAUAUCAGUGUAUUGGUUGUGAUUCCUUUCAUCUCCAGCCAAUCGGGAGGACAGUUUCCAAGAAUACGAGCGUAAGAUAUCUUCCGGGAUUUGGCCCUGUUGUCCCACAAGAGUGCAGCGAUUGCGGCAAGAAAUAUAACAUGGGAGGACCCAUAUGGUCUGCUCCGAUACAUGAUCAAGAUUGGGUGACAUCGAUAUUAUCGGAGGUGAAAGCUAUGAAGGAUCGCUAUCCUGCCUUUGAUCGGAUUUUUGCCAUCCUCACAACAAUUUCAGAGGAAUUGCCCGAUGUUCCUCUGUUCUUGAGUUUGCACAAUCUCUGUGCAACCCUUAAGUGCACUUCCCCAUCUGCUGUAAUAUUCCGGUCGGCUGUGAUCAAUGCCGGAUAUCGCAUCUCCGGAACUCAUGUAAACCCACUGGGGUUGAAAUCUGAUGCUCCUAUGAACGUCAUAUGGGAUAUCAUGCGCUGUUGGGUUAAAACUCAUCCUGUGAAAGCGCAAUCACCUGAUCAGUCGGGAAGCGUGAUCCUUGCCAAAGAGCCUGUUCUUCAGGCUAAUUUCGCAAGAGCAGUUGCGUCACUUAGCAAAGCUCAAGCCAAGAAGGUUGCACGCUUCCUUCCAAAUCCCGAAAGGCACUGGGGCCCAAAGUUGAGGGCUGGUCGCACCAUAACCAGCAAACACGUCUCCCUAUUGGGCGCGGAUGCGGUCAAUGGGAUUCUUAACAAUGAUGAACAAGAAUCCGAAGAGCCCCAAGCCAAGCGUAAGAAGACCGAAGACCCGACUUCCAUUUCAUGAAAAAGAGAAGGUAAAUUUGGGACCUCAAAUGCACUUCUAGCAUGACCUUUUUCUUCAUUUCUUUGCACAAAUACCAUUAUUAAUUUAUGGGUGAAAUUUUAUAUGGCUUUUUUAUAAAUCUUGAAGUUUUUCAAUAACCAUUAAGCUCUUUUUAAUUUUGUUUUUUUGUUCUUUUGGGAAAGGGGUGAUCUGAGGCUUUGCUCAGAUUUGUUUUAUAAACCUUGUUUUUUUUCUUCAUAAAUCGGAAACUAGGGAGAACCGUGAAAACCAGCCAUUCAUGAAUUAUUCACGAUGAAUAUUUAAAUAUAAUGGAUGAUGGAAUUGC